CUUCAGUCGAGUUGGGAACGUCGUCGCUGGUGCACGUGCUGCCGAUUUUGCGCGCGCGCGCGUUACUGUGAUCAAAGGAAGAAUCUUUCCACUUCUUGAGGGGGGUUGGUGUUUUGGGAGUGAGUAAGGAGUUGCGAGUUGUGCGUGUGGGGUGGCAGCAUAAUAACAGAACCACCACCACCCUGUCCGUGCUGUUCGUGGGUUCGCUUCCGGGAGUGGAUCCUUUUUAAGGGAGUUUUUUUUUGAGGAAGGAAAGUGCGUGAGUGUUUUCUUCUGUGGGUGACACCCUAGAGCAAGUUUUGCGUGCGUUACAUACACACCGACCGACCGACCUGGAGUCAAAGAGAUAUACAGAGAGGGAGAAUUUCGAGCGCCAGCAUGUGAGCAAGAAGAUAUGUAUCUCAUGGGUUAAGUCGGGUGGUAGCAAGGAUAACGAGUACGACGGUGCUGUUCCGUCUUCCUGAAGUGUUGUGGAGUACGGCGAGUAAUGUGUAACACAUAGAUUUACACCGCGCGACGUCGACGACGUAGUGAAUAAAGUGAUUAAAGAUUCAGAUGUUUUGGAAGAGAGUAAAGUAAUUUCCUGCUUUUUAUUUUGUGGAGAGUCAAGUGAACCACUUUUGCGGGAGGGUGCAGCAAGGCCACGAGGUGGUUCGUAGAGGGUUGUGUUUGCUGUAGGCGUACGGUGGCUGGAGAGAGUGUGCCGCCGAAGAUAGAAGAUAGUGCAUCAUUUCGGUGAAAUGGCUUGAUUGUAUGGUGUACAGAGAAGAUUUCAGUGAGUUUCGGUGAAAUGGCCACAACAAUGGAAAACUUGGACCAUCGUUCAAAGUCGCUGGGCUGGGCCAGAAGUUGUACUAGGUCUUGGUCGCGACGGGCAGAAGCAGUAACAGCAGCAGUGGCAGUACCAAAAGUCAGCAAUUGAGACUCUCGUGUCGCCGUUCGGUCCCAUUCAUCCGGAAGGAUAUUGAUUGUAACCAAUCCGUAGAUACAUACAUACAGCACGAGCGAGAGUGCUGCAAAAAUUCCACAGCAGAGCCACGACCAGCAGGCUCCAGAACAUCUAAAGCAGUUCGAGGAGUGUUGGGAAGGCUCGAGUAUCAUCAUCGUCAUUCUCUAGCCCAGUGUGGUGAGGCAUCAAGAGCCAAACCGAAAGGCCAGAAUCGAACCGAGAGCGCCGCGACGAGAACCGAAAAAAAAUCGAUAAAAACAAUUCGCUUCUCAUCAAAAAUACAUUUUCACACACAAGCAAAGAAAGCCAAGGAGAGCCGACAACGACGACGACGACUCCAUACACCUUUUCUUCGCUCCACCAAAAAAACACACAGCACUGCAAGGCUGAAGGAAAGGAAAGCAGUAGCAUAGCACAGCAUAGCAAGGGUGUGUUUUUCGGGCCCAUUCAAACGUUGUGUCUGACUUUCUUGGUGGCGAGAGGACACAAGGAGACACAGAGCAAGAGAGCCAGAGAUUCGAGCGCGAGAAAUUACACCAAAUUGGGAGAAAAACAUGGAUUUCCGGAUUACGUUGCUGCUAAUUAUCGGCACAGCAUUUGCGGUGGAAGUUCACUUCGAGACACCGGACAGUGGCUUCUUCCUGAAGCACUCACCACGACAGAGUUCGGUAUCGUCCUCGUCGGGUAAGGGACGAUCCGGGUCCGACUCGGUGCUGUCGAUUGACCGAUUUACGGUGGUUCAAACUAGUCAACCCGUGUCGAUUCGUGCCAGCUAUGGACCGUUCUCGACGAAACAAACCGUCCCAGCGCGGUACAUUGUGCCGGAUGUCAUGGAGUCGUCCAGCGAUACCACGCAGAACACGACGGCCGCCCUGAUGGAUCUGCAGCAGUCGAACUUGCACCUGGACAUUUCGGCACACCUCGUGAAGAAUACCAUCCCUCGGGACUCUCCAGUGCUGAGGGUACUGUUCCACGCUGGAGCCGAUCCCGGUGGGCACCUGCAGCGUCAGAAGAUCUGCGUGCUUUUGCACGCUUCAAUUGGGAACAAAACACCCCUCAAGGGUCGUUGCAUGCCCGAAGGAGAAGACGGAGUGUGCGUCGCCGAAGUCGUGAUACCUUCGAACUGGUGGCCUCCACUUCCCCCUCCAGAGAAAGACGGGCGCCAACCAGCAGCACUGAAGACUCCCCAGCGAAUGGUUCAGGUGUCGUACAGCGUGUUUGAACCACCGGCGCGUAGUCCCGAACUGUGCGAGCCAAAGGUCCAGAUCCAACCGUUGACGCCCUUCGCCAAGAUCCCACUGGUCCCUAGUCAGAUGCCGUACAAGGAGCUCCGGGCGGACGAAACGCUCACGAUGAUGGUGCCCCAGCAGCCGCUCUACCCGCUGUCGAAGAUUCACGUGCCCGUGUUCCUACACCCGGAACCGGGACAAAACAUUGCGGUGUUCAUCGUGAGAGCACGUGUCAAGGCGGGUAUGCGCAUUCUGGGUGCGAGCGCAUCCUCCGAAGACUGGAACGUUUCCGUCGAGAAGGAAAACACCAAGCAUACGGUGGCUCGAGUGACUGCGUUCCGCAAGGACCAGGAUCCGGACAGUCCGGCCAGCACCGGGGACGAUAUGAACUCGAACAAAAUCGUGGAGGUCUUCUCCUGGCUGCUGGAGGUGGCGAACGACACCAAAGACCACUGGGACGGCGGGCGGAUCGUGUGGUCCGUCAGCUACGUGCACGACGGACCGAAGAUUAAGGAACUGUCGGCGGAGGCGUCCAGCUCGCCGCACGAGGAGGGCCGCAAGAAGAUCGUCGCCAAGCUGGAGAUCCAGAAGGAUGACAUUCAGGCGGUGUUGCCGAUUUCGAAGAACUGGGAACUAAUGAACACGGCCGUUCUAACUGGAAGACAAGUGUCGCAAGCGAUGAAGGUGUUUAUCGUGUCGCAAGCAGGGAAGGUAGCGGACGUAACUCUGCAGAGUUCUUGUCAAGCUGAGGAUGAAAGUGUCAUAAAGGUCUCAUCGUCAUGCAGUUCGGUGUACGUCGACGGUUCGGAGGCACGUGGCUCGUCGAACGCUUCCGUGCAGGUCAAGUACGGAACGUACGCCGGGUUGGCCAAGUUCAUGGUUUGGAUGCCCGAGUUCCCGCUGGAAGUUUCCGUGGCCGAUUUCCGACUGUCCCAAAUCAAGGGCUGGAAGAUUCCCGAGGAUCACAAUGUGAGUGCUAACGGAAAGAUGCGACGCCGCAAGCGAGCUUACGGCUGGGGUCACCACGGGGACGACUUUGUCAACGGUGUCUCGCCGGAGCGCAGCGUUUGUCGGGCCCGCUACCAGCAGAGUCCCGUCGAGGUGUACGCGCGCUUUUUGGCCGUGGAUCAGGACUCCGGACGGGUCAACUAUUUGAUCUCGCGCCGGACUGGUUUGAGGGUUACGGAUUUGGUGCAACCGUUGCUGCGAGUGGCCGAUCCGAAGAUUGCCACUCUGAGAGGUCGAACGCUGCAGGGUCGAGCUAUGGGAAGGACCGAUGUUCAGGUAUUGUCACCCAUUACCGGACGGGUAAUCGGAGCACGGGAGGUUCGCGUUGGAAGCGAUAAGGUCAGCCUAACGAGACUGCUGGUGCGUGUCGUCUCCGGACUUCAGCUCUCCAUCACUAGUGACAAUGCGAUCGAGAAUGGUUACAUCGCGGAAACGUCCGUAACUAGGAAGUUGACUGCUCAGUACCAGGAAGGUCUGCUGGACAUCGAUCUUGAGUUCUCGGAUGGAUCGCGAACUCCUCUAAGGGACAUUUCCGUUGACGACUACUUCCUGCUGGUGGAGAGUCUGGACACGGAGGUCGUUGCGUUCGCACCCAUGCUGGCGUCGCACCAUCCGCGUGUGAUCGCGGUUGGCGAGGGCAACGGAGACCUUCUCCGGGUGACGCUGCUGCUAUCGGAAGAAUGUCGGUUGAGGCGGAACAUUCCAGUGUCGAAGCAGGGCAUGAAAUCCUCCGUGGGUCCGCUGGUGAGUGCGCUCGCCUCGGUUCAGGUGGAUUUCAGCUCGUCGUCGGACCUGAGUGCCGCGACGCGCCCCGACACGGUCCAGAAUGACGGUAUUAGUGGCCGCGACCGUAAGCCGGGGAGUGAGUAUAGUAAUUUGGACGACAUUUUGAUAGGUAUCCCGCUCAAGGACGACCACGGCCAGGAGAUGGCGGCCCUGUCGCCGUCCCGCCAGAACCGCGGUGGCAUUCCCGGGUACGCCAACAGCAAGAGUAUGGUCUACUCGGACGGGACCUCGCUGGAGAUUGGCAUGUACGUGCUGCUGGCGGCGUUCUGCCUGGCGAUCGGGCUGUUUGUGGUGUCGUGUGUGGUGUACGCGUCCAAGUUCCGACCCGUGACGAUCGACGUGACGGGCGAGGCUAGCGUGCGGGAUGGGCUUGGGAACGCUUCGGUGCUGGGCGGUAAGGCGAUCGAGUCCACGACGAACGCCCACGAUUGGGUGUGGCUGGGACGCGCCACGAUGGACAGAUCGACCAACGGACACGAGAUCGGUGGAAACAAUAGAGAUUCACGCAUGCACAUCAUCAACAAUCCGAUGAGUUCCAAGUACGGCGAUGCGGAGGAAAGUAUCGUUCAGGUGAACAGCUUUGAUAACCCGAACCACAUUCAGCUACCUUUGACGGUUGGCGCUGAAGGACAACAAGCUGGAGCGGUGAACACCUGCACUUACAACAAGCGUGACCGUCGAAGUCGGAUUUCGAGUGAGGACGAAAAGGCUCCACCGUUGCCGCCCCAUGGAAUUCCCGUAAUUGAUGGAGUCGAAUACCGUCCGCCAGUUCCUCCCCACAGGAACAUGGGAGUGACCGCGGGCGUUGCCAAUAGGACUCCCGAACCGGUCAUUCAGAUGAGAAACCCCCGGCCACGUCUGCACCCUCGUUACGUGCGCCACAGCGGCAGCAGCAGCGGUUCCACCACCAACCCCGCGUUCGAAAUCCAACUGCACGGUAACCAAGCGCAGCAGCGCAACCUGAACUUUACCCAGCAGCAGAUCAACGCUGCCCUGUUCAACAACAACAUCCCCCAGUACUCGGUCCAGCCCAUAGUCCGGCAAACGACAAAGUCACCGCACUCGUUCGAGAACAUGGGCUUCGCGGCGAUUCCGCAGCCGCCGGGCCCGUCCAGCAGUCGGAACCCGGAGGAGAUGCACAUGGCCGAACGGUUGGUCCAGCAGUGCUCGCAAAAGUCCGCGUUCAAGUUCGACACCAUCAACAACCAGUCGGGCCGAAACAAGGCGACGGUCGUGGCGCAGCUCGUCCAAAGCAAUCCAAUCUUGUCCAGUAGUAUUAAGGACCCGUCGCCGGUGCCGGUGGAAACGACCGCCGAAAUCAGCCCCGUUCCGGCGUCGGUCGUGGCGGCGGCCGUCGCAGCGGAGAAGAGACGCUCCCGUGGCGAGGAAUGUCCCACCGGGGUCAAAACGCUCGAGUCCAGUUCGGACGACAACGGGGGCUUUGUGACGCCGCCCAAUGAGCAGCAGCAGCAGCAGAACAAUCAGUCUAAGAUACCAAAGCCACCGCUCCCGCUGAAGCAUAGUAAACCGACGGUCGUGGGCAACCCGAUGUUUGCCAACACGCCCGACAGCGAGCUCGGGCCCGGCGAGAGUCUCGGUCUGGACGAUUUAGAUAUGGACUACGAACAAAUUAUGCACUACUUCGAUAACCUAAAGGAAUCGAAUGCCUGAGUGCAAGAGAUCAUUGCAAAGAUUCGGGACAUAUUGUCCACGUUCCAGCAGCAGUACCGGAACGUGGCGAUAUCUCCUGCGAACAGCCCGACGUGCAUCCCUGGAAUCAACGAUCCCAACUUCGAACACUUUUUCGAACAUUUGAGUGAGUCGUACGCCUAAGUCAUUAUCCCAGUUCCAGUUCCUUCCGGUUGAUUUACCACCAUUACCACCACCCCGACCGGUUCAUCAGUUUGCCAUCACGCGCAACUCCACGUCUCUUCCCGGCAUCGUUAGAAAGAGGGACGUGUGAGGAGUUUCACACAACACAAUCAAUGGGUUAGCCGAACUUGUAGUAGUCAGACAGUUGGCUUCGUUUCUCUAUUUAUAAUCGGUGCAAAAGUGCAGGGUUCUUGUCUUGUAUUAUAUAAAGUGAUCUCAUUUUACAAUUUCCUAUUUAUUUCAACAAUUAAGAACGACCUACCAGUGAAACGUGUGCGGAGAAAACAAAUGAAAGGAAGCGUCUUUGCAGUGAUCUAAAAAAAUGAAUGCAAAAUUUGAGAAAAUAAAAACAAACAUACUGAAAUUCUAGCUGAGAUUCGUAGAUAAGAUAGAAUAUGUAUCGUACUUCCACGUAGAAGGAAAACAAUGUGUAUAGUACCCAAGCAGCAUUAUGUUGAGCGCUGAAAGAAAACGAGAUAAAUGGGUGAAAAACAAAACAGCAAGAAGUUACAACAAUACAAAACUGAAGAAAAUACUCGUAUGAUUGUGUUUUGUGACAUAUUCGUAAGCAACAAAGAAAAAUUAAGCAAGUAAGAGAGCAAAAAAGAAAAUUAAACAAAACAUGCUAAAACAUUUAAUCUGGCUUGAACGUAAUGUAAAUUAUCAAACUGCAACGCUCAUCACGCGCGCUCCUUUUGUCCCACGUAUUUCUAGUGCAAAUUUUCGAAUUUUUGAUUUUUAAUACUCCCUUUUCGAGGCGACCGCGUCUGCUAGUCGAAACGGCUCAAACUGGAACACAACAUACACACAUACACGCAUGGAUUGCACCCUACACACACACAUCUACGCGAUGAAAUGCACUGAUCCCACACAGUUGAGUGAAUCUUUCUCGAUGAGAGAGCACUUCGGGCUGAGACAGGUCGGCAAAAAAAACACACAAAACACUCACCUUUGUAUCAUAAGUUAUUCGAAGUAAAACAACAGUAAAUCAAAUUAACACUCUAGUCAUUCAUUUAAACAAAUUUAAGGCAGGCGAAACAAAUAAAUAGUAAUUAUUACAACAAAGUAUAUAUAUAUUAUGGAAAUGCAGUUAUUUAGGUUAAGUUGAACAAACACAGUGUAUAGAAAAUAAACUCAUAUACCUUAUAUAUAUAUUAUGAUUAAAGCUUUAAAACAACAAAAAAUGAAACAUUUUAUAUAUAUAUCGAAGAUCGACGGCAUACAUUGCAAAAAUUGGCACCGAUUUUUUUGAGAGUUCGUUAAUGUAUUGGAAAUCUAUUAUCCCGCUUGAAAUUAUAUUAAGCAUGGUGACACAACAUUGAGGAAGAAAAAAAAGGAAAACGAUCCAUAUCAAGCACAGAUUGAUGCGAUAUUUUCGAUUGUGUACAUAGCGUAUUCAGGAACAAAAAAAAAAACACGAGAGGCAAAAUUAUUUUUCAAAGUUUUAUCUUUGUUGAAUUUACUGUUUUGCGCUUGCGACAAAUUUUGGUCAUAAUUUAGCGAUUGCAUCUGGAAGAAAUCGUCUGCCAUAUAUGAGAAAUACACGCAAUCACCCACUCACACUUACAGAAAAAGAAAGCAAAACAACACAACAAAAAUCUGUCUAUAUACGGAAAAUGAUACCAAAAAUUAGCUUGUUAAGGAAACGUUAGGCUUAGAGAAGAAAGAAGAAAAAACAGCAACACAGGAUUUCGUUAACGCAAAACAGAGCAGAGGAGCAGGUGGUUAGAACUGCAAAUUGGUGUUCAUUGUGUGAGAUUAAGAAACAAAAAAGUAUGAGAAAAACACAUGUACCUAUACUCACCACAAGGUAUCGUUUGAUUCGUUUGAUUUCAGCUUGAUUUCCAGACAACUGUUAAUGUCGAACUUCGGUAACAAUCUCAACACAUUCCCAUUCGUUCGCCAAUAGUUUGUUCCAGCCAAGUUCGUCAUUAACACCGGGACAAUUUCUCAACACAUGAACAGCAGCAGACACACACACACAGAUACACGCUUGAAGUUUCGUCAUUCUAAACAGAAGAAAAAAAUACUCUUACGAUAGUGCAUCUACGAUAGAUUUGGAACCAUACGUAAAAGCAACUACGCUGAGACAAAUCAUUAAAACCACCCCCUAUAAUGAGCGAAGAAAUAAUAAAUCUAUUACAAAACACUAGUAAAAUACACUCUAUCCUACACUCGAUAGUGCUAUUUUUGCCUGUGCUCGCCCCCCUUUUCCCAUCUGUUGAUUAUUUUCUUUAACAAUUUCUCGUAAAAAAACAUGCAAGAGUGGAGUGGAAAUCUGGAGAGUGAUGAGUUUGUUAUCAAUCCUUUUUAUAAUUAAUAAAUAUUUCGAGUUAGGAAUAACAUAGUCAAGGUUGUUAAUCGAUAAAGUAAUCAUCGAUAAUAUUAACGCCUGACGAUAACGAUAAUUGUUGUCGAGUUCUUCGUUAUUUCGAUAAUUCUGUCAGGGAUAAUGUUAUCGACGAUUACGAACAAUAACUCAUUUUUAAAAUCUUCCUAAAAUUGACUUAAUCCAAUCAUAUCAUGUUAAAUAUUCAAUGCUUUACUUAAGAAUUAGUUUUUGGGUAAUGUAGUAUGUUUCUAAGCAUAAAAAAUACAAUGCACCGUAUAUUUUGAAAAUGCUCGAAUUUUCAUAACUGAGUAUGAGUUUGUUUUUUCACCAAGUACCGUAUUUUUUCCAAAAAAAAACUCAUAUUUUCAUAAUUUGCAAAUAACCAUCCACUGAACCUUACUUUUGUAUGCAUUUUCAUUUAAUUAAAAUGGUUUUUUUUGGAAAAUAAUAUGUUUUUUUCAAAAUUUCACUCUUAUCUUACCUAGCGUCCGGAAAUUUAAAGCGGGUGUAGGAACGCUCACAUAGACGCCCUUGCUCCCAUCACGUCACUAAGGGUAUGGAGUGACGAGAAAUUAAUAAUCAUUCCUCCCUCUCUCCUGUCGAACCUUUAUCAAAGAAGCAGGCAAUCCACAACUCACAGCGAACGACCAAGGGAAUACCCUGCCCCAUAUUCAGUAUUUAUUGAAACACUUCCCGACGACACCAAAUAUUCUUUUAAUUCGUUCAAUUUUUCAAAAGAAAAAUUCAAAAAUUCUAAAAAAUAACAGAGCGCAGUGAAAAAUUCAACCCACAUGCACCGGUUGCUAUGAUCGAAUUCGCAGUAAACCAACUUUCACUAAUCACUCAAAAAAUGUGUCUUUGAUACUGUGUUAUCCACCAAAUUUCAAAACGUUUUGGAUAACAUUGAUUUUAAGCUGUUUAAUAGAUAAUCAAAACAAAGCUGAUUGCAGACUAUUUUUACUCAACUUUGAGCGAAAAAGCGCAAUCAGGCUCUCUGAACCAUUCGCUGUUCUACCCGAUUGGCGAUUGGAGUGAGAGGGAGAGCAAAUUGAGAGUAUUCACUGGCAAUUGGUGUGAAAGUGACAUAGUCACUGACAUACGGUAGGAAACGACCAGGGCAGUUUUUUGUCGCGUUCGAUUUGUGAUCCCGAGUGAUUGAGUCUUUUUUGAGCAAUCAGGACCCUUGGUUCCAACAGAGGAAAAUGUUGCAUGUAUUUUCACUAAAUUUCGGGAUCGUGGUGUAGGGGUAAGCAUGGUUGCCUCUCACCCAGUCGGCCUGGGUUCGAUCCCAGACGGUUCCGGUGGCAUUUUUCGAGACGAGAUUUGUCUGAUAACGCCUUCCGUCGGAUGGGGAAGUAAAUGUUGGCCCCGGUCUAACUUAGAGGUUAUGUCGUUAGCUCAGUCCAGAUUUAGGAGUCGUCUCCCUGGGUCCUGCCUCUGUGGAGUCGCUGGUAGGCAGUUGGACUCAUAAGCCAAAGGUCGUCAGUUCGAAUCCCGAGGUGGUUGGAAGCUUAGGUGUUAAAAGAGGUUUGCAAUUGCCUCAACAAUCAAGCCUUCGGACACCUAGUUUCGAGUAGGAAUCUCGCAAUCGUGAACGCCAAGGCAAUGCUGCAGAGCGAAUAUUUUUUUGAUUAUUUUUUGUAGAUUUCUAAAAUUUUGUGAAAUUUUUAUAUCAUGUUUUGCUUCGUCUAAAAAAAUAUGGUAAGUUGAUAAAUUUUGUGAGUAAUUAUACUUUGAAACUUACAAUAAUAUCAAAACAAUAAAUUUUUUUAGGGAGAGCUUACAAAAAUUAACAGGAUUUGGUUGGAUUUAAUCAAUUUAAGAAAUAUAUUAAAAAUUGAGUUAUUGUCCGUUAUCGUCGAUAAGAUAAUUGCCGAUAGAAUCAUUGAAAUAACCGCGUUAAUUUUAUCGCUAACAACCUUGGAAUAUACACUUGAUGGCAUUCCAUUUCGUUACAUUAUUUGUUUCAGAGUUUCCUUCUUUUUUUUUGUUGAGCAGUACAGAAUCGUUUCCGCCUGAAUCAUUGCUCCAGAUUGACACUGUUUGUCGAACAUUCUUCCAAUAUUGAAACAACAAAACAACACACAACUAAAACGACCAGCUAAAUGUAUAUUGUUUAUGAAUGAGCUUGAUUAUACACGUAUUCUGCAAAUACCAAGAAAAAAAAAGAUAACAAAUAAACAACAAAAAAAAGCAUCAGUAUAUAGACAAAUUUAAUGCAAAUGAACAACACAAAUAAAAAAAAACGCAAAUAUUUUGUAUCUGAUAUAACGUUGCGAGAAUAUGAUUUCUAGAACUAUUUAUACAACCAGAAAACAGAAGCAUGGCCAGAUCGGUAAGAGUGAAGGAGAAAUGUAAGUAUUAAACAAAAA